AUGGGUGCCUCAUUAACCAAGAUGUUCUCGGGGCUCAUAUGGGGCAAGAAGGACAUCCGAAUUUUGAUCUUGGGACUUGACAAUGCUGGCAAGACCACGCUACUCUACAGAUUAAAGAUCGGUGAAGUGGUCACUACGAUACCCACCAUUGGCUUCAACGUCGAGUCGGUCCAGUACGGGAACCUGAAUUUCGAUGUCUGGGAUCUUGGUGGCCAGACCUCCAUCAGACCGUACUGGCGGUCAUACUACGCCAACACGGCGGCUGUCAUCUUCGUCGUCGAUUCUACCGACAUCGAGCGUCUAGAGAUUGCUGCAGACGAGCUGCGCAAUAUGUUAAAUGAAGAGGAGCUGAAAGAUGCAGCUCUGCUGGUGUUUGCCAACAAACAGGAUCAGCCUGGUGCACAAGGUGCCGGUGAAAUAUCAGAAGCAUUGAGGCUCGGCGAGCUGCGUGAUCGCAACUGGAGUAUAGUCGCGUGCUCAGUCAUUGACGGCAAGGGCAUCAGCGAGGGCAUGGAUUGGUUGGUGUAA